AAUCAAGACAAUAAACAACAAUAACAAUAACAAUACAAAAUUCAUUAGAAAUGGUUGUGGCUGAUAAUGAUCUCUCGUCCAAGAUUAUCCCCAGAGUUCUCAUCGUCUCUCGUCGGACUCUCCGCAAGAACAAGUACGUGGACUUCGUAGGAGAAUACCAUCUCGAUCUCAUUGUCUCCUACGGUGCCGUCCCUGUCAUCGUACCACGUGUCAAUGGGAUCCAUUCUAUGCUCCAGAGCUUCGAGCCAAUCCAUGGCGUUCUCCUCUGCGAAGGAGAAGAUGUCGACCCUUCUCUCUACGCCGACGAAGAAUUCUCAGGUCUCUCUCCCGAGGAGAUGGAGGAGAUCAGGAAGGUGCAUGCAGAGGACAUGACCAUCGACCGGGAGAAAGACAGCAUCGAGCUGACUCUGGCCAGACUCUGUCUCGAUAGAAACAUUCCUUUCUUAGGCAUCUGUCGUGGCUCUCAGAUUCUCAACGUUGCCGCAGGCGGGACUCUUUACCAAGACAUUGACAAGGAAGUUAUAACUACGAGUAGGACCAAGCAUAUAGAUUACGACAACUACGAUGGACAUAGGCACGAGGCUAGAAUCGUGGAGGAGACGCCGUUGCAUAAGUGGUUCGAAGAGAUGUAUAUAAUGGUGAACUCGUAUCAUCAUCAGGGUGUAAAGAGACUUGCGCAUCGUUUUGAACCAAUGGCUUACGCUCCUGAUGGUUUGAUUGAAGGGUUUUAUGAUCCCAAUCGCUAUGAUCCAGAGAAAGGUCAGUUCUUGAUGGGUCUGCAGUUUCAUCCUGAGAGGAUGAGGCUUUCAGGCUCUGAUGAGUUUGAUUAUCCGGGAUGCGCUUUAAUUUAUCAGGAGUUUGUGAAAGCAGUGAUCUCAUUUCAGAAGAAACAAGUAAACGCAACACAGUUGGAGAUGAAGAGGAAAACCAAGACCCUCGUCAAAAGCUUCUCCCAAACUGAGUUUCUAGAGGCAAACACGGUACUAAGCAAGCAACAAGAGAAUAGGCUGAAGCAGAUGGGAGCCACGGUGAGGAACUCGUGUGUGUAUAUGAAAAGGAUGAAGAGGAAAGAGGAGCAAGAGAGAGCAAUGGACAAGUUGUCCGCUGAGCGCCUGUCUGAUUUGCUUUCCUUCCACCAUAUGAUGGCUCGUCUUUGCUCUGAUGCCAUCAAGAGAAAGCUGCUAGAACCAACAGAUAGGACCAUUGAGUUUUCUUCCUCUUUCCUCAACUAUUAGCUUUUAUUGCAAAAACAGUGUUACACAAAAAUAAGAAAACUAGCAUUCUGUGCACUUACAGAAGCUACCAACUGGAAAACCUUGACGGCAUUCUAUAUGUACGGUUUACUCAGCACAAUAAUCAUAAAGAGUUCCUUUUUAUAA